AUGAGUGAGAUAGAAUGCCAGCAGCGUCCGCAAGAUGGCACCGCCGUCCCACAGCCUGCUCCCGACAAAUGGGACCCUAGCAAGAGCCACUCUAAGAUAUCCUCGCUUUUCAAGCGCAGAAAGAGAAGAUGCAUGACGUAUGAGGAGUUCCGUGCACAAGAGCCACCCCAAGCACGUCUGCUGCGCUUGCGUGGUCUUUUCGAUCUGCUUGUUGACCAUGACAGUGCGUCGGCUCUGGCAGGCGGUCGUGCCAAGCAAAUGUGGCGCGUGCGUGCAAGUCGUGCACGUUAUGGAGCGGGUGGUCCAUUGGCUACUGGUAGUCUGGUCGAAAGAGACGAACCCGUUCCUUCUGAUGCCAAGUCAUCGUCAAUCCGUGAGAUUUUUUCGCAUGCUCGACAGACUGCCUAUGCGCCCGAACUCCUUGCCAAAUGCCGCGCCCGUCAUGCUGAAAUGGCCAAACAAUUUGAGGAGAAUCAGCUCUGCUCGGAUGAUACCUCGCACUGGAGUACUUGGCGCUGUCUUGUGUCUAUGGUCAAAGAAGACCACAAUCUCGUUCCGCGUGAACUGUCCUGGCUCUGGAACCAUGUAGUAGGCGUAUCAGAGCGGUCACCUAUGAUGCUGUUUGAGUCUGGCUGGACUGGAUCUCGCGUAUGGGGCCUUCGCGCGACCGAGGAUACAUCACAUCAUGCCAAGGCUGGCGAGCCAUUGCAAAAUGACGAGCAAGAUAUGCAACGUGUUCGUCAGCGCCAAAUUGAAUGGGAAGGCUUCGUUGCUUACGCAGAACUACAGGAGCGCGAGCUAUAUAACUUGUUUUAUGACAUGGACACGGAACAUGAUGGUGUAUUGAGUGAUGAUGAAAUCCGGGCCGCUUUUGACAAGGCUGGCAUUCGAAUAAAUGACACAAUUCUUGACGAUUUUAUUGCAAGUUUGGCUUCUGGCGGUGUACAAGAUGUGAAAGAGCUGCACGGCAAUGAUCUAUACGUAACAUUUCCUGAAUUCCGUGAUUACCUUUUGCUCCUCCCACGUCGACCUACCUUGUCGGAAAUUUACCACUUUUACAAGGUCCGCAAAGUUGUUGGACUGUUUGGUUCGGAAGGUAUAUUCGCGGAAUUAGGGGCCAACUUCGGUAAGACGGCCCGUGGCGUAACGUCCGUCAACUUUGAUGGCGAUGUAAGUCUGGCGGGCGAUCUCACCGAACCCUCUGACGGUAAUGCACAAGCUGUCACCAGCACCACACCCUCAUCUGAAGAGCAGCAUACUCAUUCGCAGAAUGUCACAUCCAGCAGGCGAUCAACAUCUGAUGUAAUCCAGCUAGAUGUAGCCUUCAAAUUCCUGCUAGCUGGUGGUGUUGCUGGAGCCGUAAGCCGGACGGCAACAGCGCCCUUUGAUCGACUGAAAAUAUACCUCAUUACUUCUCAAUCCACUCGGAAUCUCAACACCCCAUUUCCUGCCGCACAACAGACCCGUUCUACUUUUGGCGCCUUAUCCCAAAGCUUAGCGAUGAUAUAUCGUGAGGGAGGACUUCGAGGAUUUUGGCUUGGAAAUGGUCUCAAUUGUAUGAAGAUCAUCCCGGAGUCUGCUAUAAAAUUUUUCACAUACGAAUACAUGAAGCGGUUUUUUGCCAAAUAUGUGGACGGCGUGUCUGACUCCCGUGAUGUCAGUGGUAUGAGUCGUUUCAUCAGCGGUGGUGUGGGUGGUAUUACAUCGCAACUAUCCAUAUACCCCAUUGAGACACUCAAGACACGACUUAUGUCAAGUAUGUCCAACCCAGGUCACAUUCGCGGCAUGAAACUUCUCUUUGCUACGGCGCGCGAAAUGUCGGCCCAUGGAGGUAUUCGUUCGUACUAUCGAGGUUUGGGAGCUGGACUUGUUGGCGUUUUUCCUUAUUCGGCCAUUGAUAUGUCGACGUUCGAGGGGAUUAAGCUAUUCUACUUACGGUAUACUGGUAAAGAUGAGCCUGGUGUGCUUGCCUUACUUGCAUUUGGCAGUAUUUCCGGAAGUAUUGGCGCAGCGACUGUAUAUCCACUAAAUCUCGUUCGAACGCGCCUCCAAGCUUCAGGCACCCCUGCUCAUCCGACCAUCUACAAGAGUUUCUUCGAUGCGUCAUACCAGACGUUCAAGAAUGAAGGUAUCAUGGGCUUUUACCGUGGUUUGGGACCUACAUUGGCCAAGGUUGUACCAGCCGUAUCUAUAAGCUACGUUGUUUAUGAUCACGCUAAAAAGGGUUUGGGUGUAGCUUGA